CGCUUACUUAUUAUGUGCUCAUCCGUUCCGCUGACUGAGGGCUGAGAGAGGCGUGCUCAGGAAGACACUGUUUGGAAAACCAGCGACAUGUCGCUGCAGUUUCAUCCACAAGAAAAAAAAGAAAAGAAAGGUGGACAGAAGUGUAAGGAGCUGCUUUUCCCGUGGCCAACACUCCUCCUCCCUCCCGUGUACUUCCCUCUCGCGCUGUCUGUCUGCUGACUUCUCUCAUUGACUCUCUCCUGCGUGCCUCAGUUGGCUGACUGAGUGCACUGACACCGGGACCACUACCUGCUGCCUGGGGAUUAAGCGCGCUAUGAAUACCCGGAGCCUAAUUUGUUGUUUUGGCUGCCAGUGAAUGUUGGAUACGCACGCAGGAGAAGCUGGAGCCACAGCCUUCUGGCCAGGACUCUUGGAGCGCCUCUGGACUGAGAUAUCCCAGUGAAAAAGGGGACUGGAUGCUUGGGCAAGCGUAUAAAAGAGAGGCAGCAAACACAAGAAUGAGAGACAAUGCUGGACAAGUUAUUUUUCUGAAAGGUAAAACAGCAGAAGCCAAUUCAGCCUAAUUCUUACAAGGGUCAGCGAGAGCCUUAUCCUCUCAUUAUUUGGCUGGAAUUUCUUUCACGGGCUUCUGACACAAAGAAAUAAUGCCCAGCAAAUCCCCGCCUCGAGCGCCUCGCUUCAUUCCCAACCACACGGAGGUUUUUUCUCCUUUUCUCUCUAUGAGGUUUUUCAUUCAUAGCGUCGCUGGAUUUUCUGUAGCUGCUUAGGAAGCAAACAGCUGUGGACUGACAGGUUGAGCAGGCGAUCGCUCGCCUCUCUAACUUUUUCCCCUCCUCUCAGCCACUUCUUUUGACCUGCUUUUGGCCCCAGCUCUCCAGAAGGUUUAAAGGUGGGGGCAGCUGCUCUCCCCCCUCCAUGCGACUCGAUUGGAAUAAAAGGGUAUUGAACCAGCGAGGAGCGGCAGUCACGCAGGACAAGCGGGGGAGAGAAAACACAGACCAUCUCCCUAUGGUUGAGUGAGAGGCAGCCAGCUGCCUUCUAACCAUCCUCCAAAUCACACGGCGGAAGAUGCAAGGUGCUCCGGUGAUGAUGUCAGAUUUGGAUGGGUUUGGUGUGCGGCGGACCGCACCGUAACCAGGCAAACAAGCUGUCCUGUGGAUACAAAAAAAAGUUGUGUGCAGUUUGAAGCUGAUCAUCGCUGAUAAGAGCACUUAUGCUCCGAUAUUCCAGCAUGCAACAGCCACAAGGAAACUUAAUGAGAUCUGCAGCCAUCACCUCUUAGGGAAAUACUUGUGAUGAUGUUUUCGGCAAGCGCCAGGCGUUGGCAUUCGUUGUAAAGGCGUUUGACAAGAGAAGAAGAAGAAGAGGGGAGCACUCCUCCUUUGCUAAUUAUCAAUCAGGGUCACAGCAAAGAAAAGAUUCCUUCUGUGGAUUUAUCGUCUGUCUGCUCUGGAAGUUUUUCCCCUUUGGAUAUCUGACAAUCCAAACGCACAGAUUCCUGGUUUAGGUUGUACACCUCACAAGCGCACUAAACGCACAUAUUCAGCUACAUUAAUCACCACCCAAUUAAAUCCACACACGUUUGCUCUGUAAGUAUAAAACACACGAGAACACACACAAGCAUACUUCCACAUUAGAAUCCCAUUAGUUUGUUUUUUGUUCCAGCGGCCACAGGAGAAUGGAGGUCGUGUGGACGGGUGGGGGGCUGUAGGAGUCCCUUCAGCCUGUCCUCUUCCCCAAAUGGAUGUUAUUACCUCUAAAAAUGUGCUGCUUGGAAACCGCUGAAAGCUUCCUGCUGCAAUUCUCUGACAGAAACAGUCACGGGGUCUCUGCCACGGUGCACAGCUGGAACCACAACUGAAACAGCCACCAUCUAUUUUUUUGUUGUUGUUGUUGUUGUUUUUUUUGUAUUAAAUUUCAGUUUAUCUUCACCACCUGUCACCCCUAACCCACCGCCAUCAUUUUUUCCAACGGGUCUUUGGGCACCCCUCGCCGAGCUCCUCGUCCCGUCGUCUCCUCUACGCUGGAGGGGCGCGGGUCAUUGGAGUGGAGCAUGAGCGGGUGCCACUAUCCCUCACCGCCGCCGCAAGAGCGGGACCGCAGGUACCAGCACAAAGUGUCGCUGGUGGUGCGCUACUUCAUGAUCCCCUGCAACAUCUGUCUGAUUCUGCUGGCCACAUCGACGCUGGGCUUUGCCGUCCUCCUCUUCCUCAAUAAUUACAACCCACUUCACUUCGCACCGACUGUUGAUGGCUGCAGAGGGAUGCUGUGUGGCUUUGGCGCCGUUUGCGAGCGCAACCCAAAUGACCCGUCCAAGGGUGAGUGUGUUUGCAAGAAGGUGGACUGCCCGUCCUUUGUGGCGCCUGUGUGCGGCUCAGAUUCGUCCACCUACACCAAUGAAUGCGAGCUGGAGAAAGCCCAGUGCAACGCACAGCGACGCAUCAAGGUGCUGAGCAAGGGAGCCUGCUCUCUGAAGGAUCCCUGUACCGAGGUGGCCUGCAGCUACGGCAGCACCUGUGUCCAGUCUUCAGAUGGCUUGUCGGCAAAGUGCAUGUGCCCCCUCGGCUGCGAGGGCAAGCCCAAGCAAGUAGUGUGUGGUAGUGAUGGAAAGGACUACGUGAAUGAGUGCGAGCUCCAUCAGCAUGCCUGCAAGAACAAGAAGAACAUUCGUGUGCAGUACCAAGGACACUGCGAUCCGUGCAAAAAUGUUUUGAACUGCCGCGUGGAGCCUCUCACCCGCCAGCCACUGAAAUUUGUGCCACUCGAGUUGUGCCCCCUAAGCGAUGAGCCUCUGUGUGCCAGUGAUGGCCGGACGUACCCCAGUGAGUGCGCUAUGAGGGCGACGGGCAUCCAGAAAGGCGUCACGCUCAGAAAGAUCCAUGCAGGACAGUGCACAACGCUGGACGAAUGCAAGGACUGUCCCUUCUAUGGUGUGUGUCUGGUGGAACAGCUGAGUGCCCGCUGCUCUUGUGAUCCCAUCGAGUGUGACGGCACCUACAAGCCUCUGUGUGGGAAGGAUGAUAACACAUACACCAAUGACUGUAUGCGACGCAAGGCGGAGUGCCUGAGCAAGACCCCCAUCGGCACCAAGCACCUAGGACCCUGUGAUCUCAACAUACCGAGCCCGUGCUUGCAUGUAGCGUGCAGUCACGGGGCAGAGUGUGUGGUCAAGAACAACGAAGCGGUGUGCGAGUGUUCCGAAGCCUGCCCGCAAACGUCCGACCCCGUGUGCGGAUCCGACGGCCAGACCUACGGCAGCCCCUGUGAGAUGCGAUUGAUGGGUUGUGCGCUGCAGAAGGAAAUCAGCAUCCAACACAAAGGACCCUGCGAUGAGGCCUGUGCCAACUGCUCUUUUGGGGCAAUCUGCGAUGCCCAGAGCAAGCAGUGUGUGUGUCCGUCAGAGUGUGUCAAGUCCCACCAGCCUGUGUGCGGCAGCGAUGGUACCACCUACAACAGCGAGUGUGAGCUGCAUGUGCGGGCCUGCAAACAACAGAUGGACCUCCGAGUGGUCGGCCAAGGAGAGUGCAAAACAUGUGGCAACACUGUUUGUGCCAUGGGUGCCCGGUGCGUCCAGAAUAGGUGUGAGUGCCCGCCGUGCUCAGGCGAGCCCUACUCCCCAGUGUGUGGAAGUGAUGGCACCACCUACGACAAUGAGUGUGAACUUCGCAGACAUUCCUGCACGCAGAUGACGAGAAUUGACGUGGCGAGGCUCGGCAGCUGCGACGAAGACUGCGGCUCGGGCGGGUCUGGAUCGGGUCAGGAGAGCUGUGAACAGGACCGCUGUCUCGUAUUUGGAGGCACGUGGUACGAAGACGCAGAAGACGAAAGCGACCGAUGCCUUUGUGAAUACAGCUGCACGAGUGUGCCUCACAGCCUGGUUUGUGGUUCCGAUGGGAAAAACUACAGCAACGAGUGCGAGCUGAAGAAGGCCAGAUGUGAGAAACGAGAGCACUUGUUGAUUCAAAAUCAGGGACCCUGUGCAGCCGUAUCUCUGCCGGACCCGACGGUAUCCGAGCACUGCAGCGUGUCAGUGUACGGCUGCUGCUCAGACAAUGUGACGGCCGCCUUAGGAGUUGGACAGGCUGGAUGUCCCGCUACCUGUCAGUGUAAUAUCUACGGCUCCUACAAGGGGACGUGCGAUCCAACCACCGGGCAGUGCUCCUGUAAGCCGGGUGUCGGAGGGCAGAAGUGUGACCGCUGUGAGCCGGGCUUCUGGAAUUUCCGCGGCAUCGUGACAGAGAACAUGAGCGGCUGCACUCCAUGCAAUUGCGACGCUACGGGCUCAGUCCGGGAUGAUUGUGAGCAGAUGUCGGGUCUGUGCUCUUGCAAGACGGGAGUGAAGGGCAUGAAGUGCAACGUGUGUCCAGAUGGGAGCAAGAUGGGCAUGAAUGGCUGCGACAAAGGUCCUGAAGCCCCAACUUCCUGUGAAGAGUUACAAUGUAACUAUGGAGCCACUUGCAUUAAGGUGAAUGGCCAGGCCCACUGUGAGUGCCCCUCACCUGACUGCGAUUUGAAAAACAAAACCAAGGUGUGCGGCUCAGAUGGGGUGACCUAUGCCGACCAGUGCCAGCUGAGGACCAUAGCCUGUAGACAGGACAAGGACAUCACAGUGCAGCACUUUGGACAGUGCACAGAAACCAUCUCUGAGCCAGCAGAUCGACCCACCCCAACCCCCCCCGCCACCACCCCAAGCGCAACCGUUGCCGCCGCCACCACCAUCACCACCGUCGCACCCUUCCAUCCUAACAUGGUCCACGGCGUCCCGCCUCCAUGGAUCGAAACCCUCGAGCAACCUGCGACCACCACCCCCUUUCCAUCCCCUACCCAAAAAAGUGCGCAAGCAACCAGCCACCACUCCACCCACAUCCAGCCGCAAGCGCCGCAGCCCAGCCCAACCGCUGCCGCCUCCACAUCCUCUCGCAGCGGUCCAAUUCCCUCGGCCGCCACAGUCUCCUUCGAAGGCUCGGGUAGCGGGGAUCCAAGCGGGGACGAAGCGACUGAAGAAGAGAGCAGCGGCGUCCCAACGGAGGCCAGUGGGGCCGAGGAGACUGUCGGUCCCACAAUGGCGAGCACCACUUUACCCACACUUGAGGACAGGUCGUCCUGCGACAACACAGAGUUCGGCUGCUGCCCUGAUGGCAAGACACCAUCCAGUACUCCAGAGGGCGCCAACUGCCCCUCCACCAUGAGGUUCAGCGGUUCCCUGCACCUGGACCAGGUGGAUGGCCAGGACCUUAUCUACACACCUGAGAUGGAGGACCCCAAGUCCGAGCUAUUUGGAGAGACAGCCCGCAGCAUAGAGGGCGCUCUCAAUGAGUUGUUCAGGAAGUCGGCGGUGCACAAAGACUUUAUGAGCGUUCGUGUCCGUAACCUGGCGCCCAGCAACUCCAUCCUGGCCUAUGUCGAGGCUCACUUCAAACCAGAUACAAGAUUCACCGUGGAGGACAUCGUAGGAGCUCUGCUGAAACAGUUAAAGGCCUCCAAAGACACCAGCAUCUCUGUGAAGAAGCCGGAGGAUGAGAAUAUUCGCUUCACCAAUUAUGGCCUGUCCUCCAUCUCCAUCUUCACCACCACUACCACUACCACCACAGCGUCGGUCACCACAGCUGCUCCCACCACCUCGACCAGGCCUCCUACAACUUCCCCUUACAUCACCCGUCGACCGACAGCCACCACCCGCAGGCCCUUCAGCGGCAGACAUAAAUUGGUGCCGGUUACCUCGCCUCUAACCACUACUGCCCUGCCUCCAGCCACUACCGUUGCCCGCUUCACAACCAGGCCUUACCACAAGGUGCUGCAGAAGCCCUGCGACUCCCACCCCUGCCUCCACGGAGGCACGUGCGAGGAAAACGGCAGCGAAUUCAACUGCAAGUGCCCCGCGGGCCGCGGAGGGACUGUGUGCGAGAAGGUGAUCAAGUACUACAUCCCGUCAUUUGGAGGCCAGUCCUACUUGGCCUUCCCAACCAUGAGCGCGUACCACACUGUCCGCAUCGCCAUGGAGUUCAGAGCCUCUGAGAUGGACGGCAUCCUGCUCUACAACGGCCAGGAUCGCAAGAAGGACUUCAUCUCUCUUGCUCUGGUCAAUGGCAGGGUGGAGCUCAGGUUCAACACAGGUUCGGGCACAGGCACGGCCCUCAGCAAAGUUCAAAUCAGUCAAGGCCGCUGGCAUCAGCUGGUGGUGACUCGCAACCGCCGAAACGCCAUGCUCAGCGUGGACAGCGAGCCACACAUCGAGGGCGAGAGCCCACGGGGCACAGAUGGCCUCAACCUCGACACCAACCUGUUCAUCGGAGGAGUGCCUGAGGACAUCGAGCAAGAUGUAAAGGAGAGGACAGGGUUGGCAGUCGGUCUGGUGGGCUGCAUCCGCAUGUUAGAUGUCAACAACCGGAACCUCAACCUGCAGGAGAACGGGGGCGAAAGUCUGUACGGCAGCGGGGUGGGUGAAUGCGGCAACAACCCCUGCCUGCCAAAUCCCUGCAAGAAUGGUGGUGCUUGCCAGGUGAAGGAGGCCGAGAUGUUCCACUGCAAGUGCAGCAAAGGAUUCUGGGGUCUAACGUGUGCCGACGUCCACGACCCGUGCAGCCCCACCAGGUGCCAUCCGUCUUCCCAGUGCCAGGCACAGCCCGAGGGAGGCUACAAAUGCGAGUGCCCCAUGGGACGUGAAGGAAGACACUGCGAGAACGUGGUUGAGAGGCAAGGGGCUUACAUGCCACUGUUCAACGGAGACUCUUACCUGGAGCUGAAGGGGCUACAUCUGUACGGGCACGAUCUGCGUCAAAAGGUUAGCAUGACAGUGGUUUUCAUGGCCAACGACUCCAAUGGUUUGAUCUUUUACAACGGCCAAAAAUCGGAUGGAAGAGGAGACUUCAUUUCACUGUCCUUGAGCGGUGGAUUCCUGGAGUUUCGCUACGACCUGGGGAAGGGACCUGCCACCAUAAGGAGUAAGGAACGGAUCCAGCUGAAUGUGUGGAACACCAUCAACCUGGAGCGCUCCAACCGCAAAGGAGAGAUCAUGGUGAACAAGAAGGGUGCUGUCCGAGGAGAGGCACCAAAAUCACGCAAGAACCAGCACGUAGAUCUUAACCUGAAAGAGUCUCUUUUUGUUGGUGGAGCUCCUGAUUACAGCCGACUAGCAAGAGCCGCUGCACUUACGGAAGGCUUCAAGGGAACAGUCCAGCAGAUCACUCUGAUGGGUACGCCCAUCCUCAGGGAGGAGAAUGCCUUGCGCUCCAGCAGCGUAGCCAUGUUCCAGAAUCACCCCUGCUCCAGGGAGCCCUGUCACAACGGUGGCCGCUGCAAACCUCAGCUGGACACUUACAACUGCGAAUGCCUCAGCGGCUUCUCAGGGCAGCACUGCCAGAACACCAUCCACGAGAAGUCUGCUGGCGAGACCGAGGCCAUCGCCUUUGACGGACGGACGUUCAUCGAGUACCACAACGCUGUUACCAGGAGCCAACUGACCAAUGAGAUCCCAGAUCCCGAGUCUCUGGAGAACCCAUCCGACCAGAGCGAGAAGGCUCUGCUGGUGAACAAAUUUGAACUAAGCAUCCGAACUGACACGACCCAGGGUCUGGUGCUGUGGAGCGGAAAGGGCGUGGAGCGCUCAGACUACAUUGCCCUAGCAAUUGUAGAUGGACAUGUCCAAAUGACCUAUGACCUGGGCUCCAAACCCGUGGUGCUGCGCUCUACUGUGCGUGUUGACACCAACAGCUGGAUACGCAUCAAGGCCAGCAGAGCACUUCGAGACGGCUCUCUACAGGUUGGCAACGAGGCACCGGUGACAGGGUCAUCACCUCUGGCAUCAACACAGCUGGACACAGAUGGAGCACUCUGGCUGGGUGGUCUGGAGGAGCUGCCGGUUGCCCGCCGGUUGCCUAAGGCCUACAGCACGGGUUUCGUUGGCUGCAUCAAGGACGUGGUGGUGGACGGGGUGGAUCUCCACCUGGUGGAGGACGCCUUAAACAGCCCCAGAAUAUUACACUGUUCCGCCGCCAAAUAACUCCAGCAAAGACAGAAAUAUCGCAAGCAAUGAAAAAGAAAAAGAAACCCUCCCACCCGCACCCUCUAUAGCGCCCAUGUCUCCUGCUGUAAUUAUUUUCUAUUUUUGUAUACUUCUCAUCGCUUUUUAUAUGGAAAGAAAAUGAAUAUGUUGUUUUCAUUUUUGUUUUAUAUAUUUUGCUCUUAUCCGCACCUCCGUUCACAGUAAAAAAUUCCUUUUCUUUCAAGGCCCUUCAUUUUUUUUUUCCAAAAAGAAGGCACCUCGGUGAAAACCACAGAUAUUAAAUCCAUGUCACAUUUGAUGUUUUUAAAGAAUCUUUAAAAAAAAAACCAGCCCUACCAGUUUUUUGUUUUUUAUUAUUUUUUAUUCUCAUCCUUUACUUGAACACGGUGGACCCUGCUGAUGAUCUCCGGUUACUGCCUUGUCUCGGUGCCAUAUCUGCCGUUCCACAUUCCCCGAGCAUGGCCUAUACAUCUUUGAUAGACACACAUUCCCUCACGAGAGAUGGAUGCUGUAGCCGGUGCGUGCGUUUCUUCGAUGCUGCAGCCAGCUGCCGACUACAGUCAAGAAACUCUGUAUUCAGCCCUGGUAUUCAGUCCACUGUAUUUUCCUAAUGGGACUUUUCAGAAAUCAGUCAAGCUGCUACAGUGAGAAAGUACACAGUCAUAAGCACUCGAUCAACCCCAUCUCACAGCACCCUGAAAAGAGGGGGAAAAAAAGAAAAGAAAAAACUCUCCACUCGAUCUGAAUCCCAUCCAAGCCUUUAGUUUUGAAAUAUGACUCACUAACACCGCAACCCGAUGUGACGGAGAGAGAGCGCUGCGUGCAACAAUGACUUGCAUAUUAUUAGUCAUAAGUCAAGACAUGAAUCACAGACAUGGAUAGAUGUUAUAAAUAUAGAGUAUAUAAAUAAUACCUGAGACUGUGAAUAUGUAAGAUGGGUUCUCGUUGGAGAAAUUGUGCUUCUCCUGUACUAUUGUGCGUUCUGUUCUACAAUCAGCAGAUGAACUAAUGAUGACCACUAUAAAUGCAUGCACUUCUGCAGUGUUGGUUUGAAAAAUCUGGGGUUUUUGUUUGUUUGUUUGUUUGAGUCCAAGAAAAAGAAUCUAUUUUGAAUAACUGGGAGUCGGGGGAGGGGGGCGUUUUUUGUUCUUGUUUUAAACGAAUCGAGGUUCCUUUUUCUUCUUUUAUUUUCACUUCUCAGUGAUUUCAGAAAGUACAGGCUUCACAGACAUCUUUAAAGUCUGGUCAUUCCUCCUUUUUUUGUUUUUUGUUUUGUUUGUGAUAGAUAUAUAUUUCUGUAUUAUUCUCGGGAGCAGUUAGUUUUUGCAGGGCCUUUAAUGGCGUCUAAGGGAAGAGUUAUUACCAUAUCUGACCUUAAGGAGGUGCUGAAAGCAAAGACUGAAGAAAAGGACAGACAGAAAGGAGGCAAAGGGAGAUCUUAUCACGAGAGCCACUUCUCUUGGGAAUGUCCUGUCAAACAGCAGUCAGUCAACACAAAGAGAAAAAAAUCUUCACAAAAAAAGAGAAAAAAAAACUCUACCUGAGACUUAAAUUCAUGUUUUUGUAUUUCACCUAGGAACAUUCCUGGAGGAAUCUUUUUUUUUUCUUCUUUCGGCUGUUGAGUGAAAGAAAGAGAGAGAAAAAGAGAGAGACUUUGACGCUAUUGUGACCCUUUGAAGCCAUAGCAGCCGCAAAAAACUGGGAAAACAUACAUAAUCCUUCAGUACUUGCGAUCUAACCUAGUAACGCAUGGGUUUGUUUAACUAGUGCGAAUCCUGUACAAUUCAGUGAACUGUUGCAACGUGGAGUCGUCUUUGCUGAACCACAAUAAGCUUCAAUGAAUGACUGAAAGAAACUUGUUUUGAUAUGAGAACCUUGGCAAUAUUCUGAGACUAAAUCAUGCCUGUUCGUGGUUGAGUAUCAAAUGGUCUUGUACUUUUUCGUUUGUUCGUUUCCUUUUCUCUCUUAGGUUCCUAAUUAUCUUUCCCUCCUUAAAAGUCAUCAAGCAACCUGUUUUUGUACAGCCCUGCAAUUUUUAAGUGUAAAUUUAGCAACAACGUGUGAUCUGUGGAGGUUUAUGUUUUUAGUACUAUACACUGGAGCCAUGUCUGACUUUUGUCUGUUCACCCACACGAUGCUCUAUACUUCUGUAAAUGGGGGAGGAAUAGCACUGAAGCUGAUUGUGUGCGUCCGCACCAGGGCAGGAAUCCCUCUUCUAGUGUCCCAAGAUGCUUUUAAAAUUCCAGCAGUCACUCUCUCAAAGCUUAAACUGGUCUUAUUUUAUUACACUCUUCUUGGAGUUUGACCACUUCAGGUGGAACCACUUGGACUCGAGAACACACACACACACACACACACACACAAAAGACAAUUGCAGUCCAUGUAUGGUUUGGAUGGAAACUAUGAAUUGCCUUAAAAACCAGUCAUCUUGAACUGCGAGCAGGUGACGAAGACGUUAUCCAUGUAACUGUUUUGUUACUUUAGCCAGUGUAUUAGCCUCAUUCUGAUAAUGUAAAUGAGUAAUACAAAAUAAUAAUAAUAAUAAUGACUAUAUUAGUAAUAAUGCUCAUACUCAUAUGAAAAAAAUAUCCCAGAGGGCUUACGCAAAUAUCCCAUCUGGCUUUUUACAAAAAAAAAUCUUCUAUUUACUGAUUUUUGAAUCUAUUUUCUGUUCCUUAUUUAUGUCUACAUGUGGAUUACCCUCCAUGUCUGGCCUCUGUAAACUACUGUCUGACUGCGCAAACCUCGUCAAAGGGCAGUGCACCGAUAAGAGUGGCAUGACCUGAACAUUACUAACUUUAUGACCUUUGUCUUGUGUUCCUACCACCAUGAAAUAAACCGUCAACCAAAUGGA